CCGUCUCUGGCGGGAAAAGGGAAGCAGCUGAUUGGUCGACGCUGCUGGUCUUAGUAAACUACAGAUAGACGAUGUGAUGGAACCUCUUCAUGAGGCGUAUAAUUAAAUAAGAUUUAUUGUCUUACAAUUCUACACCAGUAACGGGAAUCUACAUUUACAGCAGACUUAAAGAAGACAUUCUACUGCCAACAUGGCUCCUAGUCAGCUAUUAUAUAGACUUUAACAAGAGAACAACAUAAUGAUGGAAAACUAUCCAGUGAUAAAUUAGAAGACCGUCUGCCGCUUCUCUGCUCAUCCAGGGUUUGGCGAGGUUUCCACCUUCUAUACACUAUGGGUGAGAUAGAUGAUUUCUGUCCUCACCUGGAUUCAAUUGGAGAAGUCACCAAGGAGGAUCUGAUCUUAAAAUCCAAGGGAACAUGUGAGUCGUGUGGAGCUGGUGGACCCAACCUGUGGGCCUGUUUGCAGGACGGAUGUCAGUACGUGGGAUGUGGCGAGUCCUAUGCCGAUCACAGUACAUUACAUGCCCAGGUUAAGAAGCACAAUCUGACGGUGAACCUGACCACCUUCCGGGUUUGGUGUUACGCCUGUGAGAAGGAAGUUUUCUUGGACUCCAGGGUUCCUUCUCCUACUCACUCCCAGUCGACCUCUCCCAAGCUGAGCCACCGGGAUGUACCUGCUGCUGUCCACCCCUUAAAGUCAGUCCCCAUCGCAGUGGCCGAUGAUGGAGAGUCAGAGAGCGAUGACGACGACCUAAAGCCCAGAGGUCUUACAGGCAUGAAGAACAUCGGUAAUUCAUGUUACAUGAAUGCUGCCCUGCAAGCACUUUCCAACUGCCCUCCAUUAACACAGUUCUUUUUAGAGUGUGGGGGUCUGGUGCGGACAGACAAGAAGCCUGCGCUGUGCAAGAGCUACCAGAAACUAAUUUCCGAAUUAUGGCAUAAGAAGCGGCCUAGUUAUGUGGUACCCUCAAGCCUGUCCCAUGGAAUCAAGCUGGUUAACCCUUUAUUUCGAGGAUAUGCCCAACAGGAUACCCAGGAAUUCCUGCGUUGCCUUAUGGACCAGCUACACGAGGAACUUAAGGAACCGGCACCCUGUUAUAACCAAGAACGGGAAGAAGAGGAGAGGGAGGAGCAGCGGGAGAUGGAGCGCGGCACCACAGAGGAUGACUUUCUGUCCUGUGAUUCUGGUGGAGAGAUGGGUGACAGUGAAGGGGGCGGAGGGGUGGGCUCCUUGGCGGAGAUGGAGCUUUUGAUCCGGGAAGAUGCGGGGAGGUCUAUCUCUGAGAAGGAAAAGCUGAAAGAGCGAAGACUGUCGUAUUGUCACCGCAGGACCAGCUCCGAGCAGGCAGAUGAAGAUGCCGAUGUGGACACAGCAAUGAUACCAGAGCCUGACAAUGAGGCCUACAUGCACUGCUCUUCUCGGCCCUGCAGUCCGCACCCUCCGGAGGCGCACGCAAAACUCUCCAGCAGCCCGCCUCGCUCCAGCCCACUACGCACAGCACACUCCUAUGUCUUAAAGAAAGCGCAAGUCGUGAGCGGAGGGAAACGCAGGUCGGAAAUCAAAUAUCGCAGCGUCAUUUCUGAUAUCUUCGAUGGGACAAUUCUGAGUCUGGUUCAGUGUCUGACAUGUGACAGGGUGUCCACCACCAUCGAGACCUUUCAGGACUUGUCACUUCCUAUCCCAGGAAAGGAGGACCUGGCGAAGCUCCACUCCACCAUCCAUCAAAGUGCUGUUGUCAAACCUGGCACCUGUGGAGAAAACUACAACACCCAGGGGUGGCUGGGCUUUCUAAUGGACUAUAUUCGCAGGUUUGUGGUCUCCUGCAUCCCAAGCUGGUUCUGGGGUCCGGUGGUCACCCUGGAGGACUGCCUUGCUGCUUUCUUUGCUGCUGAUGAACUGAAAGGUGAUAACAUGUAUAGCUGUGAGCGCUGCAAAAAGCUACGAAAUGGAGUGAAAUACUGUAAAGUUUUGCGUCUUCCAGAGAUCCUCUGUAUACACUUGAAGCGCUUCCGACAUGAGGUCAUGUAUUCCUUUAAGAUCAGCAGCCAUGUUUCCUUUCCCUUGGAGGGUCUGAAUCUACGACCUUUCCUGGCCAAGGAGUGUGUAUCUCAUAUCACCACCUACGACCUACUGGCUGUGAUCUGUCAUCACGGAACUGCGGGGAGUGGUCACUACAUAUCCUACUGCCAGAAUGUGAUCAAUGGUCAGUGGUACGAGUUUGAUGACCAAUACGUGACAGAGGUGCAUGAGACCGUGGUACAGAAUGCGGAGGCGUACGUUCUCUUCUACAGAAAGAGCAGUGAGGAUGCAGAGCGGGAAAGACAAAAAGUGGUGUCCCUGGCGGCGAUGAAGGAAUCCGGCCUUUUACAGUUCUAUAUCUCUCGUGAAUGGCUCAACAAGUUCAACACUUUUGCAGAACCAGGACCAAUAACUAACCAGAGUUUUCUCUGCUGUCAUGGAGGAAUUCCUCCGAACAAGUAUCACUACAUUGAUGACCUGGUUGUGAUCCUGCCUCAGAAUGUAUGGGAGUAUUUGUACAACAGGUUCGGAGGAGGCCCGGCUGUCAACCAUCUGUAUGUUUGUUCUAUAUGUCAAGUGGAAAUUGAGGCUUUGGCCAAACGCAGGAAAAUAGAGAUCGAUACUUUUAUUAAGCUGAAUAAAGCUUUCCAAGCAGAGGAGUCCCCCGGUGUCAUAUACUGUAUCAGCAUGCAGUGGUUUCGGGAGUGGGAAGCUUUCGUCAAAGGCAAAGACAAUGACCCCCCAGGACCAAUCGAUAACAGUAAGGUGGCCCUGACCAAGAGUGGAGGACACGUGCAACCAAAGCAGGGUGCAGAUUAUGGGCAGAUUUCUGAGGAGACCUGGAAUUACCUCUUCAGCAUAUAUGGAGGUGGCCCGGAGAUAGCAAUUCGACAAAGCAUUGCCCAGCCUGCGGAGUCAGAGUGUCUACAUGGAGAGCAGAAGAUAGAAGCCGAAACACGAGCGGGCUAGCAGUGACCAAGGUCCAUGUGGAUGUUGACCCUUGUGGUAUCGCUGACUCCUGCGCCAGGUUACCGCCCUUCUAGAAGCACUUUCAGAUGAGCUGUUUGCACAGACACUGUGUUUUAUUCCUUAGCGUUGUUUGGAACGUACGUUGCAGAUAGUACAUCUCCUCUGAAGAAGAAACUAUUUAAUAAUGUCGACUUCCCAGGUCACUAGUUUACUAAAACUUUGGGGUCAAUGUAAGCUGACACUAAUGUAAUAAAGCUGUGUACGCAGAUACCUACGCCGGGGGGAGCAUGUCCUACGCUGCAGCAACGGGUGGUCCUAGAGGGAUGCCAGUGGUGUACAGCAGGGUGUAGCCUUGUGAACGGAGUAGGGAUAGCCAGCUUGUCUUACUACUAGUAAUGCCUUGUCAAUAAACCGUCACGUGCACUCACGCAGCAGACCCUAGAUGAAGAGAUUUCUAUAUAUAUAUAUCGUGCGUUUCGAUGGGACGUCAUGCUCGCCGCUCGCAGUAGCAGCCGGUGCAAGGAUGUAAGGAGCGGUCGCUAACAAAGGACUAAAAGACGAUGCACUUUGUAAACCUGUUGUGCAGCACAGCAGUGGUUUGCAGGCUCAGGGCAUGCUGGAAGUUGUAGUUCCACAACAGCCCACAGGCCGCAGGUUGCGGACCACCGCUCUUUAAGCAGCAGGAGGACUUGUGUAGAAUAGGACGUUGUUUCAGGCCUGGUCCUGACUCUCUCCUUCCUUGGUCUCUAGACGAUGUAGUUUACACUAGAUUUAUUUAGCUUUAUCGGACGUGCUGUAAUCUGCCUCAGUUUCUCCUCACUGUGAUGUGCAUGCUGCUGUGUUAUAGUAAUAUCUUCUGUACAGAUACAGGAUUGCACAGCUUGGUCGGGG